GGGGGCAGCACUGUGUCAUGCGUCGCACAAACAGCCGUGAAAUCACACGAAGAAGAAAAGGACUGAGCGAGAGUUAAACUUUAAAAACUUUAAACAUCACAAGUCGAUAUUUAUCUGGAUUUAAAGGCUGACGGAAGAUUAAACAAACAUCUUGGGGAUAUUUUACAUCUCGAACAGACAACACACAGAGGUCAGAAUGAUCUGCAGCAGUGAGAGGUUGUGGCGGCUUCAUCAGUAGCUGUCACCACGGCGGGGGACCUCCGGACCUCCGUCUGCAGGGUGGUCAUCUACCUCCAAAGGGACAUGUCCGGGGAAAGCUGUCUGCCCCAGCCUCACACCCAGUCCCACUGCAUCUCCCCGGCCCCUCCUCUGUCCUGCCCCAAGACCAAGACCUGCAGCUACCGAGGAGCGGUGGGCUUGGGUAACAAGUAUGUGCGGCUCAACGUGGGCGGGACACUGUUCUACACCACGCUGCAGGUUCUGACCCGGCAGGACUCCAUGCUGAGAGCCAUGUUCAGCGGGAAGAAGGAGGUGUUCACCGAUAAAGAAGGUUGGAUCCUGAUCGACCGCAGCGGGAAACACUUCAGCAGCAUUCUGUGUUUCCUGCGCGACGGCACGGUCGCUUUACCUAAAGGCCGUCAGGCUGUUCAGGAGCUGCUGGCUGAGGCAAAGCAUUUCCUCAUCGAGGGCCUGGUGGAGCUCUGCCAGAACACCAUGCAGGACAAUAAAGAGCAGCCCAUGUGUGUCAUACCUGUGCUCACCUCCAGUAAGGAAGAGGAGAGGCUCAUCCAGUCUUCUACAAAGCCUGUGGUGAAACUGCUGUACAACAGAAGCAAUAACAAGUACUCCUACACCAGUAACUCAGACGACAACCUGCUGAAGAACAUCGAGCUCUUCGACAGGCUGUCUCUCAGCUUCAACGGCCGCGUCCUCUUCAUCAAAGACGUGAUCGGAGACGAGAUCUGCUGCUGGUCGUUCUACGGGCAGGGGCGCAAGCUGGCCGAGGUGUGCUGCACCUCCAUCUUUUACGCCACGGAGAAGAAGCAGACCAAGGUGGAGUUUCCUGAAGCUCGAAUCUACGAGGAGACUCUCAACACGUUGCUUUACGAAACAAUGCCGCUGCCAGACAACUCCUUACUGGAGGCCACGCGCCGGAGCUUCAACAACUGCGGCUCCCUCAGCGAGGACGAGGACGGGCCCGGAGGAUCCGAGCUUCGAGAGCGGGUCCGUCGAAUCCACGUCAAGAGGUACAGCACGUACGAGGAACGGCCGCUCGGACACUGAGGCUGGAGAGGCUGCACAGACUUCAGCUCCUCACGUCCGAACUGUCGAACACGAAACCUGCUGAUGUGAAGGUUUCUCCUGUGAAUCGUUUUCUUACUUCCUGCACCACUAUCUCAGAAAGCUCCUCUGUGGCCUUAAUGUUUCUCGACCUUUACCCCUGAUAGCUGUGAUGUCAUCUGUCCAUCAUAAUUUAUGAAUCAUCAGAGCGUCUAGAAGAAGAGCUUUAAAGAGCCUCACGUGUUCUCUGACUAAACGUAGACCGGUAGUGGAGGCUCCAUCACUAUCAUGCACAGAUGAGAUGUUACAAUCAUAGCACUUACACUCUGACACAGCAGGAGAGCAUGUUUUAUAUUUAUAAAAUCUAUUUUUCAUUCACAUUUUUACAACAUGUAUGACUGCUAGUUUUCUAAACAUGAACCUGUCUUUAGAAUCGGUGUCUUUAACGUGUUUCGAUGCAGUUACCAUAAUGCCUUUUUUCAAGUUGUGAGGAUAAAAAGUUCUUGUUAUUCAA